AUGUUAUUAAAAGGAAACUGUAGAGUUUAUAUCAGGUUAGCCGUCAAUUCAAAGCUGGUAACAAAAUUGACAGCAUCACUCCCAAAGCAAGGAAGACAACUACGAUCAAUCAGAUAUUAUGUAAUGCGAUUGGAUAGUAGAGGGUUUUGUAAAAACUGUAAAGACUUUAAGGUACUACAUACCCCUCCACUUGCAGCUUCAAAGUCUUACCCAGAUUUCACCACAGGAUUGAACGGUGUCGAGAAUGAAAGUGUCGAUGGAGUACGACUAAUCGAAAUACUGGAAAAUUUAAACAAGAAGAUGCAGUAUAAAAAGUCCAUUGAAGUAUUUCAAGAGUUCCACUGUCGUAAACCAGAUUGGCUGCACCAAUGGCCAGCACAGAAAAUCGCUGCAGCCAUACUUCAUGCUUAUCGGAAAACUGGUUUAUUUAACUCUUUUUAUAGCUUGUAUGAUAAGUUGGUAAAGGCUGGAUUUAGACACGGAGAGGGGAUUUAUGUAACUCUUAUUAAAAGCUCUGUACAAGAAGAUAACUGGGAAAGAGCCUUGAAGUACCUUAAAGAGCUGAAAGCUAUUGGCUUGAGGAAUGUAAGAAUUUACCCCCAUGUUAUCAAGAGCUUGAUAUCAAAUAAUCAAUUUGAGAAAGCAAUGGAUCUUUUCGAAGAGAUGCAGAACUUUGAGUUGAACCAGAAAACUAAAAAACCAUUGCAAGAUCAAACACUGCUCAUUGAUAUAAUGCAUGGCUAUUCCAAACAUGUUUUGCAUGAACAUUGUAAUAAAGCUGAUGUGAAGAUGAAAGAAUUUUCAGAAUUAGUGUACAACAUGCUUGAUUAUCUAAGUGACAGAUGCUUUGUGUUGUCCAUUGCUCUUAGUGAUGUCAUAGUUUCAAAACUGAAACAGUUUGAUGCAGAUUUUUCAAUAGAACCAUUUGACAAACAAAGAAUGAUGAAUAGAAGCAAUCAUAAUGAUGAAGCACUCAGUGAAAAGGAUAUUGAAAUGUUCAUUAAUCACAUCAGUAUGACAGUAAAGGAUGAAAUGGGAAAGACUGAAAUAGAAGAUGUUCAUAAAUUUAUUGCAGUUCAUGGCCCCUUUUGCAAUGUCAUCGAUGGUUCAAAUGUGUUACUAUCAAAAGGACCUGGUUUUCAAUCAAUCCAAACAAAAUUCAAACCUACUAAUCUUUUACAUUUGCUCAAGUACUGUAAAAAUAUAUUUAAUUCAAGAAAAUCUGCCAUUGUGAUGUCUUCUGCAAUUGAGAGCCGCACUAUGUUUAGUGAGAGUGAACUUUGUGCCACAUUGAGAGAGAAGUAUGAAAUGGAAGUCUUGAUUGUCUCUCAUAUACCAGAUGAUGUAGCACUGUUGCUGACUUGUUUGUUCAGCUGUUUACAUUCAUUAAAGCAUACAUCAGAUGUUAAGCUCAUAACCAAUGACUAUCUACGUGAUCACAUUUCAGCAUUAGGGCACCAUCGGUGGAAGUUUUUGAACUGGAUUCACUCCAGACAUUGGAAGUACUCUUGGGACUGGAAUAGCAAGAUCACCUUGCACAAUAAUCAGCCUUUGUUACAGAAUAAAUCUAAGUGGAUACUGCCAUUAGAGGAUGGAAGAAAUUUAUUGAUAACUAAAAAAGGCUUGUAAGCUGUAAAUUAAGACAUUUUUCAAGAAUCAAUGAUUAUCUUUUGAUUUCUCUUUCUACUGAUAUGUUGAUGUGUUAAGGUUGUGAAAAAAUUGCCCCAAAAUUGAAGAUGUCUGAAAUGAAUGGCCUACUACUUAGUACAGAAAUACACCUUAAUACUUCUAAUCUGUUGUGAAUUAGAAGCAUGCUAAAAUGCAAUCCAUUUUGCAUAGAAAAAUCAGUGUUGAUCCAUCACUAUAACAACUAAAUGGCCUAAAUUAUGUGGAGGUUAGUAGUGCUUAUUUUGCUGAGUGCCAAAAAUCCUCAGUUGAAAACAGGGGACUUGCCGUUAAGGACAGUUCUAUAUGGGGGCUAAAGCAUACUCACUUUUCAAAAUUCGGUAACACUGCCUGAAUGGUUUCAUUCAAAGCAAAAAAAAAUGUAAAGUUCUAUAUGAAUAUCUAAUUUAUCCUUUGACUAAAAUCGUUUGUAAUUUUUUGUGGUAACUGGAAUAAGCAUUCAAUGGGGCCUAUCAAUAUAAAAACUAGUACAGUGGUAGAGAAAGAUUGUUUACAAUCCAUGAUGGAGCCAGAUUAGAGGGGGGCCUAAGGAAGGCUGUGUUCUCUUUUUUUUACUUCUCUGCUACAUCCCAAAUGUCUCUUCCAGACUGUUAAGAAGCAGAAUUAAGCAUUGAAUAAAGCAUUUUAGCACAAAGGGAAAAUCAAGCGCAACAGCUUCAACAAAACACUUACAAGACAAAAUAUUAUAAUAACCUAGUGUUAUUUGCUUGUAAUGUUUAACAAGGCACGUUUGUAGCAAUGUUACAGUUAUCUAGUGCAGUUUUGUCAUCGAGUUUUAAAAAACACCAGAAUUCAGAGCUUGAUGAAUAUUCGGGAAUAUUGCCGAUUCGAUCGUCGAAGGGAGUAUCGUCCCCUCAAUACAGACUACACUCUUUUUUAUAAGAACAAUUUUAUAAGAAGACAAGCCUCAAAAGUUAAGAACAAAUUAAGAACAAACUGAGGCUGAGCUACUGUAAAAUGCAAUUUCGAACAACUUUUUAUUUAAAAAACGACGAUUUUAAGCCAUGUGUGAGUGUUUUUGCGGUGAAUAUUCAAAGUUGUCUGGAAAUGAAGGCUGUCUCACUCACUUUGUUGGAAGAUAAGGUCUGAAAACCUCCCUGGAGCGGAAUAGCUAGCAAUUGUGACUGCUUACACCUUAUUAAUUUAAGAAAAAAUUAAGAACAGUCAGCCUGAUUUUAAAUUUACUGGUUCUUAUAAAAAAAGAGUGUACUGCAUAAUUUGAAAUUGUUACCUUCAAAAUUUGGCCAAGAGAACAGAAAAGAAACGGCUGCUCAAACAGAUGACUCAAAGCACAGUUCUGCCACUUAUAGUGACAUUGACAACAAUAGGUCAAGCAGAAUCUCAUUUGCCCCCCUCCCCCUGUUACAUUUCAGGUUUUGACGUUUCCCAAUCAAUUCAAAAAUCCAAUUUACCAAAUGAAGUCAAAAAUAGGGCGUAGCUUCGUUUAGUUUUGAGAAAAAAAUUUCACCAAGUACAAUACUUCAGCUACAUAUUCUCUUAGGAAAGAAAAUGAGAACUAGGAAAUGGAAAGCUUUGGAGCUGUCUCGUAUCACCAAGAAAACAUACACUGACUUCAUGAACAUUUGUAAUAAAAACAGCUUUAUCUAGCUCGAGAGGGGGUGGUCUCUGACUCCUAGUCAUACUGUGGCUUUUGCCUAAGGUUAGUUAAAUAACGGAAUAAAGAUUAUAAAUGAUUUACUCGGUUAUGCUAAUAUGAUCAUUUUUCAUUAUUGGUGCCUAAAAACAGCUUGGAGUGGGAUUGGAAAGAAAGACACCCGUAUUGCAAUUAAAGUUACUCUUAAAAUUGGUCUUAUUUUUGUAUAAAUUGCACUGCAAUUAAGACAAUUAGCACAUGAAACGCAAAUUUCGAUACGCAUGUUGAUUUCGCGACUGUUUCAGAUAUCAUUUAUUACAUCGUGUAUCAAGUUGAUACUGGGAACUGUUACAUUAACUGUCCGUUGAUUUAUCUUUUAACUCUGCAAUGAGCACUCAAACACUUUAAUUUCGCAAACGAGAGUUAUCAGGUCUUUCCGGUACUUAUGUAAUUGCUUCUAAAAGAUGGGGGUUCCAAUUGAGGGUCACCGGGCAUUAAUUGUUAUAAAAGGUAGACAAGCAAGCAGAAAACGAUAGUCAUUUUUGAGAACUGUCCAAAGGAAGCCGUCCAGCAAGUAUAACGAAAUGAGGGGCGCGGUCAUAUUAAUGUGCUUGACCGUCCUGGCUGUCGCUUUAGUGUCCCAUGGUCACUAUUUAAAGAACAAACAAGUCGAUCAGGAGGAUGAUCUGCCACGAGGCAUAAAAGACAGCUCAUUUGUGAUGGACAAAACUGACGCCAAUGCCUUCCUUAAGAGUCCAACAUUUCGUAGGUCGUGGUUUAAAGGUUCCCACGGCAGUUUUUUUAAAGGGUGCGUUCGAGAGGAGUGCGAAGAAAACGGAGAAAAUAAUGGCAGUAGAAACGGUGAAGAAAAUGGAGAAGAAGAUUAAUUUGGACAUGCACACAGUCAUCGAAAUAAAUUCAAACCUAUCUAAAUAAAUUGUUUUAUUCAAAUAAAUUUUUUGCGUUCAAUUAUGCUAGCAGUUAGUUUUUUUCCUGUGUCUCGAAGUCUGCAUUUUUGCCCAGACACUAUUGUUCUGCUAAAGGUUUCAACAAUUUUUUUAUUUUAAUGACAGCUACAACCCUUGCCAAAACUGUUGGAACAAUUGCGCAAAGCUGAAGCUUUUCUGAAAAAUCCCCCCCCCUACCCC